AUGUACAACAGAUGGACGUAUGACGAUCCCUCGGUAACAUGUUUCUGGAACAGCGACGCCAAAUUCGUGGGUGAUCCGACUCAGCCGCAGACAGCUUGUAUAGGGAGCGCGGAGUUGAGUACCUGGUCAUGCAGCGGCUCCGGCUGCUCUACGAGUGUCGCGAAAUGGUAUAUUGGCGCGCGCACAUCGCCGGUCCUCCAUAAUGACAAUUCUAACAUCACCUCUGUAUUAUCCAGCACCGGUACCAAACCAUAUUGCAUGACCUUCUCCUACGGGCUAGACUACCUGUCAUUCGUAUGUUCGGAAGAGGAGGGUAUCGAUUAUCAAAUGGAGCCAUACUGGAGCGGAUUUACCAGCCCGAUUGCAUUUCCCGUUUACACUGGCGCAAAGGGCAUCUCAACAGGGACGCAAUAUCCGGCUGGAUACUCAACACCAUUGUUGGACUCUGGUUCGAGCUCUAGUACCAAUACGGAAUCCAACUCAGUCUCCUACAUCACGGCAGUCAGCUCGGGGACGCCGUCUAAAUCAAAUCCAUCCCAGCAUCGUGGGAGCUCCGCACCCAUUGGCCCUAUUGUUGGAGGUGUUAUCGGGGGUCUGGUAUUUAUUAGUUUGAUUGUAGGACUCAUUGUCUAUUUUGCCGUGAUUCGUCGAAGAAGGGAAAGGAGAGCGGGAUUGGGACUGGGUCAGGGACAGGGACAGCCUCAACAACCGCCGCCUGGAUUCCCCCCUGGUUCUCAAACCUAUCACUCACAAUACCAGUAUCCGCAAAGCCAGCCCAUGGCUCCGCUUUAUACAGCGAAAGAAGGAGCCCCGCAAAAUCCUCAGACACAACAGCCCUUGCGGCAUGAGGUUGAAACACAAUAUAAUAAGCCCGAGCUGGAUGUCUCUAGCCAGCAGCCUGGGAAGGUUUAUCCGAGUCAACACGCUGAGCUACCUGGCGCUGGGUUACCGGGUAUACAGUCUAUUCAACCGGAAUAUGUAUCUGGGGCACAUCGGCCUUCUUAA